AUGCGCGCAGGUGGCCUGAGCUUGCUGCUGCUGCUGCUGCCCAUUAGCAUCGUGUUCGUAGGCCCCAGCCCAUGGAGAGCACAAAGCAACACAGCGCGGGUGGCACCGCGGGUGCCACGGCAGGCAGGGCCGCCAGGACUGCAGAAGGCGAGAUUUAUGGGGCGCUGGGUAGAUUGGAAGCCGGUGAUGCAAGAAGCUUCCAAAGCAGAAGAAGUUGGCGGUGAUAUGCCUUUGGGAAUCCGCUUCAGCAUGAGGGACGACGGAGCCUUCGAGAUCACUGAGAUUAUUAGUGGCGGCUCAGCUUCUGCUGGAACGUUGGAAGUGCAGGUUGGAAAUAUUAUUCAUGCUGUCAGCUGCGAGGUUGGUGGGCGGAAAGACGUGACCACAGCUUCGGAGGUGGAUUCCGUGGAACAAAUGACACAGGCGAUCCUAUCGAAUUCUGAUGAAGUGGUGAUGAUGUUGGUAGAGAAGCCAGACGAAGGUCCAGCAAUCCUUGUUGCCUUCGUGGAUGUUUCUGACGGCGAGCAGACAACCUGCCGGAGACAUAUCACGAUGUGCAGCCCAAAAAAGGAAGCGGCUAACAGCUGGCGGAGUCACUGCCAACCGAAGCAGGCUCAGCAGGGCUUGGAAAUCGAUGAGUUCCAAAGAGACAAGCGAACAUUUGCUGCACAUUUUGCACUAGCUCAUGCCAUCGUGGACAGCCGAGUUGCUGAGAGAGCUUGGCUGAGCUGCACCGGUUCUGGCUGGAAUGACCUUUGUAAAGUACGCACUGGCUUCGAGCAUUCUAGGGAUGUGCUUGCCAUGGUCCCAGAAUUGCAGCAUCAGGUUUCACAGGAUUGGGAACACACCUGCCCAGCUCGCUGGGAGACUCUGCUUGGGUCCGGGAACCACAGCGCCAAGGUCUUGGGGCUGCAAGUGACAUUGUCUUACCGCUUGAAGAAGCUUCGGAAAGUUCUCUGUCGCGAGGAAGUGCUUCUACGCGUUGCAGAGCAAGUUCUCAUUUCCAUGGUGUUGUUCUCAGAUGUGCUACGAAGGAGCCACAGAGCUUUAUUUCAAGCUUACACUAGUAGCACAUGUGGAAGACUGCCAGCUACAGGGCGUUUCUUCUCAAACCUCCUGGAGACCCUUCCUUUUUGGAAUUAA